AUGGAUACGUCAGUAUAUUCUCAUGCAUUGGAUAUUUGGGCCAAGGCAGAUUUAACGAAUCUUCAAAGAGAAUUGGAUGCUGAUGUUAUAGAGAUUAAGGAUAAAGAAACCCUGUCCUUGAAUUCAAGAAAGUCAUUAGCCACUGAGACUAAAAAAUUUAAAAAACUCGAACCUGAGGAAAAAUUGAACAAUGUGAAUAAAAUAAUUAAGCAGUACCAACGUGAAAUUGAUAAUUUGACACAGAGAUCAAAAUUCUCUGAAAAGGUUCUUUUUGACGUAUACGAAAAGCUUUCAGAGGCUCCUGAUCCACAGCCGCUACUACAAAGUUCGUUGGAAAAAUUGGGCAAAAUUGAUGACUCGAAGGAACUUAAGGAAAAAAUAAGCUACCUAGAAGAUAAGCUAGCCAAAUAUGCAGAUUAUGAGACUUUGAAAUCAAGGUUACUGGACCUAGAGCAAAGCUCUGCAAAAACAUUGGCAAAAAGACUGACUGCGAAAACUCAAGAAAUCAAUUCUACCUGGGAGGAAAAAGGAAGAAAUUGGAAAGAGAGAGAAGCAGAUCUAUUGAAACAAUUAACAAAUGUACAGGAGCAAAACAAGGCACUAGAGGCCAAAAUAUCUAAAAAUAUAGAUAUAGAAGGUAAUGGAAACGAAGAUGGUGACCAAGAAAACAAUCAAAAAGAAGUAUCUACAAGGAUUGCUGAAUAUAAUCUAGUAACACAGGAGUUGGAAACUACGCAGGCUAGAAUAUAUCAGUUAGAGAAAAGAAAUGAGGAACUAAGUGGUGCUCUUGCAAAGGCAACUAGUGAAGCAGAAAAAGAAACUGAGUUACAUGCAAAGGAACUAAAACUUAACCAGCUGGAAAGCGAAAAUGCAUUGUUGAGUGCAUCCUAUGAGCAGGAACGGAAAUCAACAUCACAUGCAAUAAAUGAGUUAAAAGAACAAUUAAAUAGCGUUGUGGCGGAAUCGGAAUCUUACAAGUCGGAGCUAGAAACUGUUAGAAGAAAACUAAACAAUUAUUCUGAUUACAAUAAGAUAAAAGAAGAACUUUCUGCAUUGAAAAAAAUUGAGUUUGGGGUAAACGAAGAUGAUUCUGAUAAUGACAUUCGCUCUGAAGACAAGAAUGAUAAUACUUUCGAAAGUUCCUUACUAUCUGCAAAUAAGAAGCUCCAGGCUACUUUGGCGGAAUACCGCUCAAAAAGUACGGCUCAAGAGGAAGAACGAAACGAAUUGAAAAAAUCUGUGGACCAAUUGAAGCAGCAAAUAGCUACUCUCAAAGAAGCAAAUGAAAAAUUAGAGACGGACCUAGAAAAAGUAGAGAACGUCAGUCCUCACUUCAACGAGACUGCAAGUAUGAUGUCUGGUGUAACAAGACAAAUGAACAAUCGUACGUCCCAUAAAAUGUCCCCAACGAGUUCUAUUAUUGGUAUUCCAGAAGAUGGGGAACUUUCUGGAAACCAAUCAACCAUUUUACCAAUAGUUACUAAACAAAGAGACAGAUUUCGUUCGAGAAAUAUGGAUCUGGAAAAGCAACUAAGACAAGGAAACUCAGAAAAGGGUAAGCUUAAACUAGAAAUUUCGAAGCUAAAAGGCGACAAUACGAAGCUUUAUGAACGGAUUAGGUAUCUGCAAUCCUAUAAUAAUAACAACGCUCCCGUUAAUCAAAGUACAGAGCGUAUUGACGUGGAAUCCCAAUACUCAAGGGUGUAUGAUGAAUCGUUGCAUCCAAUGGCAAAUUUUAGACAGAACGAAUUAAACCACUACAAAAACAAGAAAUUAUCAGCUUUAGAGAAGUUAUUUUCCAGUUUUGCAAAAGUCAUUUUACAAAAUAAAAUGACAAGGAUGGUAUUCCUCUUUUACUGUAUCGGUUUACACGGACUCGUAUUCAUGAUGAGCAUGUAUGUGAUUAAUAUUAGCGGCUACAUGACACCUGAGGUUGGUAUAGUACAAUCGGCAAAGUCUUCUUCAAAUCUCAACGGAGGACUUGGGGGAGCAGAAAAAGUAGCUGCAGGCGUUGGUUCAGUUCAUGGCAUAAAUCGAUAG